GAUGUUGUAAAUGAACCGGUCCACAGGAGGUUCAAACUUUGAGUCAUAUGGAUCAGGAAUUGCUAAAGCGCGAUUGGUGUUGAACCUAACCCUAUGACUCAUGAUCCAAUUCAACAUUCAACAACAAGAUCUGAUGCAGAAAACCUAAAUUUGAUGGUCACUGCAGUAAUCAAUCUCGAUUUCGUUCCUCUGUUCUUCUUCUUCUUCCUUUAUUCAGCGUUAGAAAUCUUCAUCGCAAGAACAAUGGAAGAUUUCCGAUACAGAUCCAUCGAAAUCGAAGCAGAAUUCGAAGAAUUCGACGAAGAAGACGAAGACGAAGAAUUAGAAGACGAAGAUGAAAUAUUCGAUGACGAUUCAUCGUUCGAAGAUGAGCAGUUACGUGACGAACACGUUAUUCCGGAACGAAUCGGUUCGCCUGUAGAUCUAGGUGUUUUUAACGCUCGACAAUUUGAAUACGAUUCAUCGUUUGAUGAACAGGAUGAAGAAGAUGAAGAAGAUGAGGAAGAUGAAGAGGAUUAUGAGGAAAAUGAUGCGGAAUUGUUGUUUCCGGUGGUGAGGAUGUUGCAUAGGGAUUCAAUUGAAGAUGAAGAUGAUGAUGAUGAUUAUGAGGAUGAAGAGGAUUACAUAGAGGAAGGUGAGGAUGAAGAGGAAGAGUUAGAGGAGUUGUUUCCGGUGCAGAUGACGUCAUCUAGGGUUUCGAGUGAGAUAUUUGAAGGUAGAGUGUUGCAAGGGGGAAUGGUGAGUGAUGUUGGCGUGAUGGAGGAUUCGGAUGGUUCGGAAUCGUGUGAAGGGAAGAAUGGGAAGCAGGAGAAGUGUGGAGGUGAGUUUCAUGGCUCGGUUUGCCCGAUUUGUUUUGAAGCUUGGACUAGUGGUGGAGAACAUCAAAUUUGUUGUCUUCCAUGUGGGCAUAUUUAUGGACUGUCGUGUAUAAAAAAAUGGCUUCAACAAAGCAGAGGUUCUGGAAAGUGCCCUCAAUGCAACAACGUAUGCACAUUAAAGGAUGUUAGAGUACUUUAUGCAUCUCGGCUUUGUGUUGCUGAUGAAGAGUUACAAAAGAGAGUGCGGUCACUCGAAGCUAAAUGUGCUUAUCUUGAGCAAAAGGUGGGCCCACCAACGACCGAUGAAUUAAUUGAUCAAAUUUGCAGCAACCCAGCAGCUGUGCAACGACUAGCAACAGUUCUUGCUGGGUUGUAUCAGCAGCCGGUUUCUCCUUGAUGUAUUCAGGCUUGAUGCCAUCAGUACAAACUUGAAUUGUAUAUUGUAUGGCGUCAGCUGGUUUAUGUUUUCGGGUUCGUGUUCAUAGUUGUUUGGUUUGGGUUGGGUUGGGUUUGCUCAAGUGGUUAAAGCUUUCCCUGGAUGAUGUAAAGAUUUUGACUUUUUAAAGUCAUAUUUGUGUGUUUGCAAACUGUAGGUCUAGUUUAUAAGAAAA